ACCUUGUUAUAGGGUGUUAGAUCCCAACAAUGGGUGGAAACGACAGAAUAAACAUGGCUCUUGAUGACAUAAUCAAAGUUGACAAGAGUCUCAAGAGAGGACGAGGACGAGGAACCGGAAGGGGUCGAGGUGCCAGCCGUGGCAGAGGAAAGCCUAACUCUGGUCUGAAAGAUAACACUGCUGAUGGAUCAAACAGCUAUGUCAAGAAUAACAGUUAUACCAGGGGAAGAGGUAUCAGGUCACGUGGAGGUCGUGGUGGUAGAGGUAGAGGAGUCAACAGAUCCACUUCCAAUUACAGCAACACUUCUCCAGUGAAGAGGCUAAACAACAAUCGUGGUGGGAACAAUUUCAAACGUAACAACAACAACAACAACAACAACGACACAAACAUAAAUAAUCAACAGAGAAAUUAUAAUAACAGCACCAGAGGCAAAAGCUUCAGAAGUAGAGGCAAAUCAUUUAGAGGUGGUCGCCAACAGAGCCAAGUUAGAAACAACAAUAAUAACAAUAAUGGUAACAACAAUAAUAGCAACAAUGGGGGGAACCAACGUGGUACUACCACAAUGCUCCAGGAUCAAAACACUCAAGUUAGGCAACUACAGCUCCUAGCCCAGAACCAGCAGCUCCUUCAGAAACAACUCGUACAACUACAGAACAUUCAGAGUCGACAGAACGAACUUCUGUUGAGCUCUAACUCUAGGGACCGCUACAGUGGGGGUCUAAGUACACUGUCAGAUUUGGAUUUGGACCGUGAUGUUAUGAUGUUCUAGAUGGGUAUAACAACAUUUAACUCUUCGAUUUCUGGAAUUUGGAUGCUUCAACUUAGCUUUAGGUUGUAACACCUAAUAUAAAGUUGACUCAUGUUUUGGUAAUUGAUCUUGAAUUGGUAAUUGAUCUUGAAUUGGUAAUUGAUUGGUAAUUGAUGUUAUAUCUUGAAUGGAUGUGGGUAUUGUUGGGAUCUUGGACAGCUGGCGCGAGUUUGAUUUGCCAUGUGAGUUGUGACACUUACAGCGUUAACGGAUGAGCCCUUCUAAUUUCUGUCACGUGUCAAUACAAUCAAGCCACAAUCCUUCUAAUUCGCACUUCCAUUUUAAUAUCUAUAAUAUAUUAAAGUAUCUGAUAUGGUGAGAAUUUGCAUAUUAUUAGGAUUAGUUAAUUGUUAAUUAACCACGCUUUUUGGUUUGCCUAGGUAUUGAAGGUAAGAAAAUUGAAAAUAUCUCUCAUGAAAAUCAAGUAGCUCUGGUUUUUAUUGGCACUUUGAAACAUCAAAAUGUUUUUAAACCGCAUUAGAUAAUUUAACUUGCCUUCUAUUUAUAAUUGUCCCAACUGUGCAUAAAAUACGAUAUGAAAUACACAGACAUGUUUCACAGAAUUUACAGUUUAUUCUUCGAUCUGAUUAAAUGGUUUUUUCGUUUUCCAGCGUUUUUAACUUAUCUGUAUGAUAGCAUUCACUAUUCAAUGGUUGAUCAGAAGAAAUAUUUUCUACUUCUAGAAGUUUUUAAUAAUAUAUAACGCCUUGUCUAAGUUAUUAUAUAUAUCAAGGUUUAAUUCUAAGUUCAAGUUUUAUUAAAGUUUUAGUUGAUAACCUUC